UGUGUUUAGAAGUGUUAAAUGAAAGUAUUUGCACACGGAUUUAGUUUACAGUAGUUAUAAAUAUAAACAGCAACUUCAGUUAGCUUUUUAUCCAAUAGGAAGAAUCCAUGUACAUAUUUUAAAUAUUACAUAUGUGUAGAAUCGGACAAUUUGUACAAACAUGUAACACAGGUAACUAAGUGUUAAUGACAUAAACCCAAGAUAGAAGAGGAAAAAGGUCACAAUCAAGAACGAGUGACACCUAUAAAACCUGAUAUAAAUAAGAUGCGGAUACUGAUGGUGGAAGGCAGAUUUGCUGUUGACUGCUGCUGACAACACUAAAAGCUGGGACGCCAUGCGAUAGGUUAUGCAUUCUAACACCAUACGACAACACUGAAAGCUGGGACGCCAUGCGAUAGGUGAUGCAUUCUAAAACCAUACGACAACACUAAAAGCUGGGACGCCAUGCGAUAGGUGAUGCAUUCUAAAACCAUACGACAACACUGAAAGCUGGGGCGCCAUGCGAUAGGUUAGACAUUCUAACACCAUACGACAACACCGAAAGCUGGGACGCCAUGCGAUAGGUUAUGCAUUCUAACACCAUACGACGACACUAAAAGCUGGGACGCCAUGCGAUAGGUUAGGCAUUCUAACACCAUACAAACGACACUGAAAGCUUCUCCGAAAUACUAUUUCUUCCAACUGUCGCCUUGUCCAACUAUCUACAAACACGUGCUAGUUGGCAAACCCGGAAAUAUGCUGUUUACCGCUCGGUUAAACUUUCUUCUGUCGCCAAUAAAAUCAAGUCCGCUAAGUGUUAAUUUCGCUCUUCUCAUUCAUCAACUAUCUAUGCAUCAUAUUUUAGUUUAAUUCUCUGUAAGGAUAAUUUUGCCAACCUUACGGAGAUCGAAAAAGACGAAAGUUUAACUGCGGCGACAAUGUUACGGUAUACAACAGUCCGACAUAUGUACAUUGACACAAAUAUUAAAAACGUAAUUCGCUUCGCAUUAACAAGACAGUCCCUGAUGUUUGAUUGUCGACGCUGUUUAACUUUUGGAAUAACACGUAAGCUUGGUUUUAUGUAUCAUUACAACCUUUGACGUGGAUAUACAUGUACCAAAUAUGGAAUGUAUAAAACAUCCGGGUUCCUCGAUAGUUUCAGUGUGUAUUACGUGUGGUGCCACGCUGGUCUGUGUUGACUGUAUGACUGACAAAGAACAUAAAGGUCACGUGUUCGAAAAACCGAAUAAAAUUGCAAUUGACAUUAAAGCAAAGCUCAAGCCGAAGGAAACGGAAGAUUGUAAACUUGAGGCGAACUUAGAAUCUGAUUUGAAGGAGAUAAGGUCACUAAAAACACAACAAGACAAUAAACAAAAAGAAAGGGUCAAGUCAAUUAACAUCCAAAAAGAGGUUCUCAUACAAACUGUUACCGAAAUGACUGAUAGCUUUAUAUCGCAGUACGAGACUCAAACUCACAGUAAUUGUGUUAAACUGCAAGACGCGAUCGAUGUUAUUUCAACAAAAUUAGAAAACGUGAGACGACACAGAAACGAGAUAGAACGCUUGCUUGACGAAAAAGAUGUUCUAGCAGUGGUGAAUGAUUCACGAAAUCUUAAAGAUGUUGACGGGCAAAGAAAACCGUAUCCCCAACUUGCAGAAAUCGAAUUUACCCGCGGUAAAGUGAAUAUUCAUCAGCUGAAAAUCAUGUUCGGGGGCACAGCGGCCGAACUGAACGAACUAGCGACACUAGAAGGAGCCCAGGUGGUGGCUGAUAUGACUCUUUCUGUGAAUAAAAGUUCCGAUUUCGUUGGUACCGACAUACGUCUGGGUAGGGAACUUGUCUUGGAGUCUACCUUGAAAUAUUCUGAAUCAAAUUAUGUGAGUGCUAUGCGUAAUGACUCUUACGGAAACUCGUGGGUAAAAUGUCACGGUGAGAGGAAAAUAAGUCUUAUAGACAAAAGCGGACACGUAGACAAAACUGUGACAUUUUACUUCGGUGUGAGAGGCAUGACAACCACUAAGGACAAUACACUGUUACUAUGUGGAGUUGAGGAUAGAGAUAUUAAACAGGUCAUACUUCCAAGCGGAAAUGCCACCUCAGUCUUCUCCACGGGGAAGUUGUUCCCUUUUAGCGUAUGUACGACACCCAGUGGCGACCUCUAUGUGACACUGAUGGAUAGUCGUGACUACAACGUUACUGCCAACAGUGAGAGAGUACUGGUGCGAUACUCCUCACAGGGACAAGAGAAGGACCGGGCUCGUUACGACAGACGGGGGGAUCCUUUGUUUGUCGGGCCGUACAGGGUAAGGGUCAGUAACACAGGGGUCGUUAUAGGAGUGAGCAAUUUAACAGAUAAACAAAACAGUCAUCUGGUUCUACUAAAUACUGACCUCACGUUACGAUUACGGUAUCUAGGUAACGGCAAGGUCGUGUCAGGGGAGGAGAAGUUUGAUACUACUACCUACAAACCGGAAACGAAUUAUGCAAUCAACGAUUUUAUCUUCGACUCAUUUGAUAAUAUCAUUAUCGUUGAGGUCUACAGUAAGUGUGUCCAGCUUCUGUCAAGAGACUGUGUCCAAAUGUGUACCCUCCUACCGACACAGGAGUAUACACCGGUGUCCAUGACCAUGAACGGUGACAGAAUGUGGCUAGGCUUUCAAAACGGAACUGUGAACGUUUACAAGUACGAGUAAUCCACUGCUGAACGAGGUACGGAUGAACUCUUUAUCAACUUCAAAUGGAUUGUAUGAUGUUAAAAAUAGACACCGGUUUUGUUUAGGCUUAUUCAUUUGAGUAUGCAUUCAUCUCUAUUUUGCAAUUGAAAAGAGGCGAAAAGUUGAAACAUCGAACAACCUCAAACGGAUCGACAUUCCGUUUCUUCUAUUUAAAGCUGAAUCUCAAUACAAUUUAUGUUAUUUGCAUUGUAUUAAACGAAAACGAAAACGAUUUUAAGGCCAUAUUUAUCGUAUUUUACACUUAAAUAAGUAUAUAGAAUGGUCAGGUAAUAGGGUU